CACACACCACACACGCCCCAGCGCAGCUCACGCCGCACAGCCCAGCCCAGCCCAGCCCACACACACCUCACCACCACCACCUGCUCCGCCGUGUGCGGCACACGUACACGUACGCGUACACAGACACGGCACGGCGCGGCUCGGCUCGGCUCGGCUGACCUGGCAUGCUAUGGCAUGGCUACACGUAGAGUAUGUAGUAGAGGUCACAAGGCGUAGCCCAGCCCUGCCUGCCCUUCCGGUCGUGCCAGCGCGGCUUUUGGUGGCGGUGGCAAUGUUGGCGCUGGCGCUGGCGCUGGCGUUGGCGUUGACGUCUUACGCACGGCAUAUAUGGCGGUCUAGGCUGGGCCUGGGUCUGGACGUCUGGACAUGGCAAGCUGGUGGGGUUUGGAUGGGCUGGGUUGGUGGGUGUGUGUGUAGGAUGCGGUGGAUGGGUGAGUGUUUGCUGAGGGAGGAGAGGGGAGGUGUAGGACUGAGUUGGGUUGGGUUGGGGGGUUUGGGUGGUGGGAUGAAGAGGGAAGAGUGUAGUGUAUAGAGAGGUUUUUAUAUUGGCAUUUGUUUAGCUAUUGGUAUUAUCUUUCGCCUCUUUUUAUAGUGCUAUUAUUCCCUGCUAUAGUAUCUUUGUCAUGUUUAUAUCUACCUAUAUAUACGUAUAAUAAUUAAUA